GUUAUGGGAAAACCAGACAAUUCCGGUCUCAGGCUGAUUGAUAAAUCGGGGCCAUUGUCUCCGGCCGCAUGGAAUGCUGGGAAAGGACAAUGUAUUUCUUGAUCAUCGCGGCGGUGACCUGUUUGAGCCUCCUCCUUCUCCUGCGGUGGAGCGGCGGUAAUAGAAGACAUCAAUGGGUGGCUGAGCUGCUGCGGCGCUGGAACCUCAGGGGUCUCUCCAGGGGGAAACACAGGAAGAAGUUGGAGCGGGACACGAGUAUUGCCCGGGAUAUACAGGAGAAGCUACUACUGCAAUACCUGGAGCGACACCGGAGCACGGAGUACGGCCUCAGCCACAACUUCAACGACUUACAGGAUGUCUCCUCAUUCCAGAAGAAUCACCCCCUGACUCAGUAUGUGGACUAUAAAGACUAUUUACAGCGCACGUCACAGGGAGAGGAGAACAUUCUGGUACCGGGGAGACCCUCCGUCCUAGUAGCGACUGCAGGAAAUUCUGGAAACCGCACCCUGGUCCCCAUCAGUGAUAACAGAUCCACUGACCGUUUCCUUCAGGGAGCAGCUGUAUGUCUGGAGAUCAUUCACGACACUUUCCCUGGAGCUCUGGAAAAAGUGUUUAAGUUCUCGUUUCCACCGACGACCCACCGAUCCGAUGCCGGGAUUCCCAUCAUUCCAUAUCCGUCUGUCUUCUCAGCAGGUUUCAUGAAGGACCUGCACUCUCCUCAGGGGCCGGUCCACCCGUCCAUGUCCCACCACGAGAUACUUUACACUCAGCUGCUCUUCUCACUCCGGGACCCCGAUCUGAGCAUGCUCGAAGCCAACUCCUCCUGUGUCCUUCGCCACGUCUUCUCCAUCUUGGAGGAUUGUUGGGAGUCUCUGGUGACUGAUAUCCAGAAGGGACGUCUCAGUCCGGAACUUACGGUUCCUUUAGAAACCAGAAAGCAAAUAGAAGACUUACUGGUCCCAGAUGCCUCCAGGGCAGCAGAACUGCGCUCUUACUUCCAAGAAGGGUUUCAGGGCAUCGUGAAGCGGGUUUGGCCCAAGUUGCAGGUGAUUCUGGCGGUGGAAAGUGGAGGCAGCGACUUGGAUCGGCAGAUUCUGAAGGAUGGGGUAUGCCAGGGAGUCCCGGUGUAUUCUCCCACAUAUGGUGCAGCAGAAGGUCUGUUUGGAGUAAAUCUUUGGCCAAUGGAAGAUGUUGCGCAGUAUGUACUGUGCCCCCGAUCUGUAUUCUUUGAGUUCAUACCUGCGGAGAUGAGUGAGCAGGAACAGCCGGCGACAUUGUGCGUAGAAGAUGUGAGUGUGGACAAAGCCUACGAGUUGGUCAUAAGUAAUGGAAAUGGACUUUACAGGUACCGGUUCGGAGAUGUUGUACAAGUCACCGGCUUCAGCAAUCAGAGCCCAAUAGUGAAGUUUUUAUAUAGGAAAAGCCAAACAUUGAAUGUUCGUGGAGAGCGUAUAUCAGAAUGUGGCUUCUAUAAGACUCUCCGCAGCACUGUGGAUCUUUGGCCCGGGGCCACUCUGCUCAACUACUGCUGCAUGGAGAGCGGAGUUCUGGGCCCGUUCUCUGGAGGUUCUGACCCACACUACGAGGUGUUCGUUGCCCUGAAGGGAGUGAGAAACCUGUCUGAGGAUCAGAGAUACAAGUUGGAUCAAACGCUCCAAGAACAUUUCCCCGUAUACAAAUCUUUCCGCUUUAAGGGCAGCAUCGGACCAGUACGUGUGCACCUGACCAGUCCCAAGUCUUUCCUCUGCCUUCUGGAGAUGGCAGCCAAACUUUCCAAUUUACCUCUGGACUGCGUACAACCUCCACGUACACUGAAGAACAGAGAGAUGGCUGAAAUGAUAUGGAAACAAGUCUUGUCGUGAUUUUAUACAGGAGAACAAGAAUUUGUACAAGAACAUGUACUUUUGCACUGUAACAAGUCUAGAAAUGUUGUGUACUUACAGCUCCAGGUCCUUGGAGUUAAUCUACCUGGAGACAUUACCGCUCUAAAAGGGGUACUCAGGUGGAAUUUUUUUUUUUUAUUUAAUCAACUGGUGCCCGAAAGUUAAACAGAUUUGUAAAUUAC